AAUUUAUUUUAUAGAACAUACGUAGAAUUUGAUAGACAAUUUCAAAAUAGGCAACUGUAAUCCGUACAAAAGUAACCACAAAAGCAACAACAACGACAGCAUGUCGGAUGAAACUGAUUUUGAUAUUUUCAAGAAGUCAAAAUCUAAAGACAAACAUGACAAAGCAGACGCUGCAAAAUACGUUGGGCAACAGUCCCAUGACAUAAUUGCACCACCAGCAAAUCAGUUAGUUGUUUCACGCUCCACCGACGAGGAGUUCUACUCUAACAAUAAUCCAUAUGUGGGUAUCGCUGUUAUACUCAAUCACAAAUACGUCAAGGGUCAGAAGGAUCGAAUGGGUACGGAGAAGGAUCGCGAUACGAUAGCAGAUGUUCUAUGGUCAUAUGGCUUCGACGUGCGAGUCUUUAAUGAUCUGACAUUCGAAAAGGUGGACGGGCAGCUGAAGGCGAUCGCCAAAGAGGAUCAUUCUAACAACGAUUGCUUUGUGCUAGUCGUUAUGUCACAUGGCGCCGAAGGCAGAGUAUUUGCCAGCGAUAUGAGCUACCCGGUUGAACGCCUAUGGCAACCAUUCUUAGGCGAAAAUUGUAGGAGUUUGAUCAACAACACGCGUAAUCGCACAACGAAAUAA